AUGUCGUACAAUCCAAGUGACUACCCUCCCCCACCAGGCAGCGGACAUCAGAGCUAUCCGCCACCUCCGCGACAAGAGUAUCAACCGUCGGGCUAUGGCCAGCAGGAUUCAUAUAGCGAAUAUCGACCCCCAAACGAGGACCAGUAUCGACGCUCCCCUCGUAGCUCCGCUAUGCAAGUAGGUCAAUACAAUGGGGAUUACAGCCCUCGACGACGCAACUCGGGCCCAUAUGCCGCAGCACAAUAUCGUGAUGCUGAGAGUGGAUAUUACGCCCCACCCCCACAGACAGGCGCCCAGUCAUACUACGACCGUCCAAGUUCCAGGGGUUCAAGAUAUGACAGAGAAAGAUCGCGGUCACGGUCGCGAUCGCGAUCGCAAGGGAGAUCACGGUCGCAAGGAAGAUCGCGAUCGCGACCAAGAGAGCGUGGCGAGAAGAAAAGCCAUGAAGCCGAAAAGAAAGUCGGAGCAACACUUCUGGGUGGCGCCGUUGCUGGAUGGGCCGGCCAUGAAUUCGGUCACAGCAAUGGCCUGGUGACAGUCGCCUCUGCUCUUGCUGGCGCGUACGCUGGACACAAGAUCGAGGCAAAUCAUGAAAAGAAGAAGAAGGAGCGCAGAGCGAGUGGUUAUCGAGGCGAAGACGGGCGUGAAGAAAGUUGGAUCAGCCGCAGCCGCAGUCGCAGCCGAUCCAUCGGGCGGUCGCUCAGAAGAUCGCUCAGUCGCAGAAGAAGCAGGAGUAGAAGCAGAAGCAGCGACAGCGAGAGUGACAGCAGCAGGCGAAGGCAUCACCACCGCCGUUGA